CUAUUUCCUAAAAGCUAAAACUAUUCCCUUUUCUUCUUUGUUUCCUUUCUACACUUUUCAUCUCUUUAUUUGAUAUCCCGAUACGAAACAGUUACGGAGGAUAGUAAUAAAUAGUUGAGAAAACAACAAAGGGAAUGGAAGUUAUAGAUUACCAGUGUUAAAAAAAAAAACCUUUUUGUUUCUUCAUUUCAAACUUUUUUUUUUUUUACACAGCAACUUUUUUUUUUUCUUUCAACUUUAUAAUUUUUACAGAUACACAACAUGAGUGGCAAUAUUAAAGUCGUGGUCCGCUGUCGACCCUUAAACGCUAGAGAGAAGGCAAGAGGAGCCACGAGUAUUAUCCGAAUGGAUGGAAAUCAAACGAUUAUUACCAACAAUAAGAAAUCGACGAGCGCAUCACACCACCAAACAUCAUCGAGAAAAGCGGCCGUAGAGGAUGAUCAAGUCAAGGCAUUCACCUUUGAUAGAUCGUAUUGGUCAGCAGACAAAGCAGACGAUCAUUAUGCAGACCAGGAAUUAGUGUACAAUGAUAUGGGGAGAGAAUUAUUAGACCAUGCCUUUGAUGGUUAUAAUUGCUGUAUCUUUGCUUAUGGUCAAACAGGUUCUGGUAAAUCUUAUUCAAUGAUGGGCUAUGGCGAAGAUAAAGGAAUUAUACCACGUACCUGUUCAGAACUCUUUGAGCGAAUUUCAGACCUCACCAGCGAAUUACUAAAAUUCCAAGUAGAAGUAUCCUACAUCGAAAUCUACAAUGAAAAAGUACGAGAUUUACUGAACCCGGGUAACAAGGGAAAUUUAAAAGUACGAGAACAUCCCACCAUCGGUCCCUACGUAGAAGAUCUCUCUCGACUCGUAGUCAAUUCGUUUGAAGACAUUGAUCAUUUAAUGAACGAAGGCAACAAGGCAAGAACAGUGGCAGCUACCAACAUGAAUGAAACAUCAUCUCGCUCACAUGCCGUCUUCACUUUAUUCCUCACAUCCAAUCGAUUUGAUGAAACAGCAAAGCUCAAUACGGAAAAAUGCGCACGUAUCAGUCUUGUGGAUUUAGCGGGUAGUGAACGUGCCAAUAGUACAGGUGCCACGGGUGUUCGACUGAAAGAAGGUGCCAACAUCAACAAGUCCCUCACCACCUUGGGAAAAGUCAUUGCAGCCUUAGCCGAAUCCUCCGCUCAUCCAAGCACCGGAAACAAAAAAGCCUCUGCAUUAAACCCGAAUUUCGUACCUUAUCGUGAUUCCGUCUUGACUUGGUUAUUAAAGGACUCACUCGGUGGUAAUUCUAAAACCGCCAUGAUUGCUGCUAUCUCUCCAGCCGAUUACGAUGAAACCAUGAGUACGUUGCGAUACGCAGAUCAAGCCAAACGCAUUAAAAACAAGGCAAUUGUGAAUGAGGAUCCCAACGCUCGUCUUAUUCGAGAACUGAAGGAAGAAUUACAAGCACUUCGAGACACCUUGAUGAUUUACGCACCAGAGGAAGUGGAAAAGAUUAUUCAACAAAAGAAAGCAAGGGCUUCAGGAACCAGUAGUCGAGCUUCUUCUCGUGCAGCUGCUGCAGCGCGAGCCACUUCUACAUCACCCAUGCUGUUAAUCUCGCCAGAAUCACCGAUUGCAACACAACGAGGAAACAGUUUAUUGACCAAGGAACAAGUGAUUGAUCAGUUACAAUCUUCGGAAAAGUUACUAUCGGAGGUGAAGCAAACAUGGGAGGAAAAGAUGAACAGGACUGAGGAAAUCCAUCGCCAACGAGAAAAGGCUUUAGCCGAACUUGGCGUGAUUGUGGAAAAGGAUAAUAUGGUAGGGGUCUAUGCGCCCAAGACAAUUCAUCUGAUUAACCUAAACGAAGACCCACUGAUGACCGAAUGUUUAAUGUAUCAAAUCAAAUCCGGCAUCACACGUGUGGGGAGAAUCGGCAGUGCUAUAGCAGAUAUUCGACUAACGGGGGCGGAAAUUCUGGAUGAACAUUGUUACUUUCAAAACGAAAAGGAAGACGAGGAGACACGCGUAGUGACGAUUUAUCCCGGAAAGGAUUCAGUUACUCUGGUAAAUGGUAUGCAGAUUCUUCAGCCAAAGGUACUACAUAGCGGUUAUCGAAUUAUUUUUGGGUCUGGAUUACAUCAUAUGUUUCGGUUCAAUAAUCCAGAGGAAGUACGUAAAGAACGGGAGCAACAAUUACGUAUCUGUACAAGUCCCGAUAGUGCAUUGGGAUCUAUCAUGUCUCCUUCCAGCACAACGACAACCGAUAUCCUAGAUUGGAAGUUUGCACAUAAUGAAGCGGUCAAGAAAUAUGGUGUCACUAAUGCGUCCGAUUUGGCUGUGAUGACAGAUGAGGAUCUCAAACAGUUAUCCGAUGGAAUUACAAAAGUACGCGAGUUUCGAAACAGAAAACGUAUCUCGUCUGAUUGUCAUAACCAAUUAUUUAGUGAGGAUCCCGCCGAGGUAUCUCCAAGAACUUCCAUCAGUUCUUCCAGUAAUAAACGCUUUAGUGGUGUCUCUGCUGCGACUACCUUACUAACAGAGGAAGAUGAUGAGGAAGACAAACGCUUUUUACUACCACCUCCUACUGUUCAAGAUAAUGAAAAGUUGAUUCAAAAAGCCACAGAAGAGAUCCAGCAGCAAAUGGAGUUACAAAAAAAGGAAUACGAGGAAAAAUUACGGCUGGUGGAAAGCUCCAAUAUGAAGACAGACGACAUCAAUACGGAACGAGAUGAUUUGGCUGCGAAAUAUGCGCUUGUGAAACAAGAGAUGGAAAAGAGUUUGGAACAACAAAGGAUUGCGUAUGAGAAUAAAAUUCGUCGUAUUUCAGCCCAUUUACCUCCUGGAACUGCAUUAAGUUCGGAUAAUCUAUUGGUAGGAUUCACCAGUAAAAAUGCAGCACAACACCUGUUGCGUCAAGCGGUGGAUAAAUGGCGUGAAUUAAAAUAUGUCAAGAUGGCUGAGGAUUGUUUGAUUCAUGCGGUGGUUCUGAAAGAAGCAAAUAUUAUGGCCAAGGAGCUGGGGAAAAACAUUGUGUAUCAGUUUAUGGUUGUGCAUGAUGAUCUGUCAGCCAACUCUCUGUCGUUUUGGGAAUCGACCAGUGCUUUACAACCAUUCACAAGAGAACCAGAUACACAUUUAAUGAAUGAAACCAAGCCUUGUGUGGCGGUCCAAGUGAUUGAUCAUGUGCAUCGGGCUACGUAUAUUUGGUCCAUUGCUAAAUUAAAGCACCGUAUUCGACGCAUGCGAAGAUUAUAUGAUUACACGGAUGGCCCAUUAUUUACGGGACAACAUUUCAAUCGAGAAGAUCCGUUCUAUGAAACACCGUGCCCUCGAUUUAGCUCGAUUGGGUUAGCUCGUGUUCCGCUACGUAAUUUAACUCUGCAGUUACAUGCUGAUAAUUAUGUCGAUGUCUAUUGUCGCAACACUGGUAAAGUGAUGGGUCAAGUGAGGGUUCUGAUCACACCUAUUGCACGCUCUGUUUCAAGAAAACAACAAUCCGCCAGACCCAACCUGAAUAUGAUCCGACCCAAAUCCGGUAUGGAACAACAAGGCGAGAAAUACUUGCUACAUAUUGGUCAACAGCAAGUGUUUGAAAUUCGCAUUCAAGAGUUACGUGGUGUGGAUGAGUCCGAUUUUACUCAGGUGCAUGCUCAAUUUCGUUUAUCUUCGUUUGGUAAUGUGGAGCGUUAUUCAACACCAGACAAAAUAUAUCAAACAGAUCCCAUCAGUAACUUUCAACAUGGUCAUAUUGUGUUUGGUCAAUGCCAAACACUCUCAGUCAACAUUACGGAAAAUAUGAUGGAUGUGAUUCUAAAUCAAGGUUUGACGAUUGAAGUAUAUGGUCAAGCACAACCCAAUUAUUUGUAUGGAUUGGUGGAGCAUGCUAUCAACAACAAUAUCGUGCCAGCAAGUAGACGUGUAUCCAUUGAUAGAAGGUUUUCAUUGGAAAAAUGUACGUUUGAUGGUAUCUUGAUGGAGGAACGACAUGAUGUAUUGGCUUGGAUCCAGAUUUGUGAGUUAAAUGAUGAUGGACAAUAUGUGCCUGUACAAGUCAUCAAUUCGUACGACAAUAAACAACAUCAAGAUGUCUUCUGCUUAAGACAAGGUUUGCAACGUCGUAUUGCAUUUACUUUGGGUCAUGAUUCUGGAAGACAGUUUGAAUGGUUAGAUAUUAACAAUGCAAAGAUUGGCAAUGUUCGACUUGUGGAUGCUAAGGGACGUGUGACGGAAUCACCAGCACAUGAAGCAGUGCAAAUCCAAUUAUUCACCACACAACAACAGAUUGCGUUUGAGCGAAAUGGGACAUCACGUAUUACAGCCCAGGGACCGUGGGAUAGUUCGUUACAUGACUCUUUGUUUCUGAACAGGGUCACUGCGUCAGGACAACGUAUUCGACUCACCUUGAGCUGGCAGAUGAAUUGCGAUAAAUGUGUAUCACCUCUAUGCUUUGAUAUGGAUAUAUGUGUGCAAAUUGGAGCGAUGAUGUCUAGUUCAACCUCAUCGUCUUCCAUGUUUCGACAACUUUUACUUGGUAGUGCACCCAAUAGUGUGUCGAUGAGUAACAAGUCAAGUGGGAUGUUUAUUGUUCAACUCAAGCCUCCGAUGACACGACAGGUACGUGAAUUAUGGAGAUUGAAUACGGCCAACAAGUAUGUACGAGGCGAGGAAUUUAUCGGAUCAUGGAAGCCACGUGGUGUAUCGCUGAUUACUGAUUAUCGUACGGCACGACGUCGUAUGUUACAUAAAGAAAGUGUAGCGGCCUUUCGACAUGCCUUGGUGCUGGCUGGACAUCCACAAACCAAAGUCAUUCAAAGAAGUCAAUCCGAGAUGUUUACGCUUUCUCAGGCACUGGAGGAAGAAAAGGAAGAAAAGAAAAAUGUGAAGAGUGACCCAGAAGCAUUGACCCGCAAAGUCAUUGACUUGUGGAAAACACAGUUUGGAACACGUGAAGAGAUUGUAUUUAACCAGGAUCCACCAAGUAUCAAUGCGUUAACAACAUCCACUAGUACAAGCAGUUUGAAUACAAUUAGCUCAAAUAAGAAAUAUUCCAAGAUUAAAUUGACUGCUGAUAUUCAACAAUUACACCCAAGUGAUACAGUGACCAAAAGAGGAUAUCUGUUACACUCGGAAAACGUGGAUGAUACUUGGCUAAAGCACUGGUUUGUUCUACGAAGACCAUUUAUUAUUAUUUAUGAAGAUCAAAAUGAAAUUGAAGAGUUGGGAGUAUUUAACUUGACUUCUGCCCGAGUGGAUUAUAAGACGGACCUGGAAGAAAUGCUUCAGAGAAAAUACACAUUUGCUAUUUAUACAAAUAACAAUGCGUACUUGUUACAAGCCUCGGAUUUCGAAGAUAUGAAGGAUUGGAUGUCUAAAAUCGACCAGUUUUAUCCAGUGGAUACCCUUGUUAUUGCUUAAAAUAUUGUAUAUAUUAUACCUCCCUUAUUUCUCCUUACUCAAAUAUAAACCUCCUAAAUAAAAAAGGACUCAUAUAAUUUGGCUUUUUCUGAAUACACGUGAUAAUAAUUCUUUCCGAUCAUUGUUUAAUUGUUACCUUAAUUUUUAUUUUUAUACUUUCUUCUUUUCU